UGACCGUUCUGGAAAUUAGGAAAACAAGCAACUGCAUUCGCGUCUAUAGCGAGGACAUAUGACAUGUUUGCUCGUUUUUCCGUCAAGCGUGUCCUUCUCAGGACGUCUGUAACCAGGAAGUAAGUCUCUGUUGGUGCUCGAUCACUUGUGUACUAUGCGUUCUUUAAAAUCAGUACUGUAAGUCAGUAAAUGCGAAACUCGGUGUGUCAUGAGUCACGUCGGAGCUCGGUGGACACGGUCAUGUUGAGGCAUUACGUGAAUGUCCUGCUGAUAUGACAUGUGCUUUCUUCAGCUCAGGAUGAGUAAAGAAAUGGAGGAGCUUUCUCCCCUGGGCGACUCGGGACACGGUGGUGGUUCAGAGGAAGAAACCGAGGAGGAUGACGAGCCUAAAAUUUGUCAAGUAUGCGGUGACAAAUCAACAGGCUACCACUUUAACGCCAUGACCUGUGAGGGCUGCAAAGGCUUCUUCAGGCGUGCCAUGAAGCGACCCGCACAGCUCUGCUGCCCAUUUCAGAACGCCUGUGUCAUCACUAAGACCAACAGAAGACAGUGCCAGUCCUGCCGACUCCAGAAAUGCCUCUCAAUCGGCAUGAAGAGGGAACUGAUCAUGUCGGAUGAGGCCGUGGAAAAGCGAAGGAUGCAGAUCAGGAGGAAGAGGAUGCAGGAGGAGCCUGUAAUGCUCUCCCCUCAACAGGAAACUGUCAUACAGGAGCUGCUCAGUGCACAUCACAAGACCUUCGACAUGACUUGCGCCAACUUUGUUCAGUUCCGGCCUUUAGAUCGAGAUCAGAUAUCCAUGUCUGAAUACGGUCGAGAAACAGACAACGGCAAGCUCAUAUACAAACCACCGCCUGAAGAUGCAAUGCAACGGACUAUCAGCUGCUUCUCCCCGUCGUCCCCUUCCUCCAGCUUUCAGAGUGCUGAAAAUAAAGAGAGGAAGCGACAUAAAAGUACCAUUUUCACCUCUCUGCCACAUUUUGCAGACCUCACCACGCACAUGAUUAAGAAUAUAAUCAACUUUAGCAAGACGCUAGCAAUGUUCAGGGCUCUAAUCAUAGAGGACCAGAUCGCACUGCUGAAAGGUGCCACCUUUGAGAUCAUUCUGAUCCACUUCAACAUGUUCUUUAAUGAGGUGACGGGCAUCUGGGAGUGCGGCCCGGUGCAGUACUGCCUGGAUGACGCCAUGCGAGCUGGUUUCCAGCGCCACCUGCUGGACCCUAUGAUGAAUUUCCAUUACGCUCUGCGCAAGCUACACCUACGUGAAGAGGAGUAUGUGCUGAUGCAGGCCAUCUCACUCUUCUCACCAGAUCGCCCCGGUGUGACACAUCACAGCGAGAUCGACCGCUACCAGGAAAUAAUUGCUGUCGCCCUGAAGACCUACAUCGAGGCCAAGAGGAAUGAUCCGGAGAAACAUCUGCUCUACCCAAAGAUCAUGGCGUGCCUGACCGAGAUGAGGACUAUGAAUGAAGAGUAUACGAAACAAGUGCUGAAAAUCCAGGACAUUCAGCCGGAUGUGUCUCCGCUUUUGUUGGAAAUAAUAAGCAAAGACUGCUAAGCCUUCACAGAGCACGUGAGACUCAACUAACUGGCCUUGAACUCCUGAAUUCGCUAUCAGCAACCGUGUUGACCUUCAUCUGAGGACACUAAGGACUGAAAUAUAGUCCAAACUAGCAAGGACAAGGACUGUGCCUACUGAUAACGAACUACUGAACUGCAGCACAAAGUGAUUGUGAAAUCGUUAUUUUUUUAUAAUUGUGUUACUAAACGUAAUUGUGUUUAAGCAAUCUUUUUCGGGAUCUUUUCACGAAAGAACAAUUUCUAUGGUUCAUAACCAGAUGUAGGAUGGCACAUAUUAUCUCCUACAUUCACUGCACGAAUGAAGCUUGAAAUGUGGGGUUAGACUGAGAUUCGAUUCACAUUUUUACCCAGUUUGCAGUAUGUAGAGAGGAGAUGCCGUGUGAGAGAAUGUUAUUAUGGCAGCACAGAUCACAAACUAUAUGAAACAUACUAGUCAUUUGUGUUAAUAGUCUGUCUUGAUAAAUCUGUUUAUUUAUUGUUCAUUUUUAAAGCAAAAUAGUUGUAUAAGUUAACUGCUUCUAGGUAUGUUGUGUUCAAAUUAUAUAUAAAAAAUAUUCAUAUAUAUAAUAUCAGUGUCAGUGUCAGAUGUGAGUAGCUGCAUUUGAUUCAAACUUUUGCCAGACUAGAAUGUAAAUGGAGUUAUGAAUCUCAUAAAGAACAUGAUCAGGUUUUAAUUUACUCUACCUAUUGAAAAAAAAAACAUGUUUUGCAUUAUAAAUUAAGCCUAUUUUUAAAACAUCAAUUAUUUAAUUAUUUAAAUCACAAAUAUUUAGAAUUUAAUUACACUAAUGAUAACGUGAUUUUUCAUUUUUUUUUUUAAUUGCAUUAUUAAAUUUAAUUGAAUUAUAAUAAUAAUUAAAUAUUUAAAAUAUGCUGAUGUUUUGGUUUUUGUUUUUAUAAUGUUACAGUUUUAUCACAAUUAUUUUUAUUACAGUAAUCAGAAUGUGAUUGUUUUUGCUAUUCAGAAAUGAGAAAAUAGGCUUUUUAUGCAAAAAUCUUUUUUCUGUUACGUUUUCAUAAUUAUUUUUCAUUACAGUAAUGAGAAUGGGACUUUUUAAGGAAAAAAAUGAGAGAGAGAGAGAAAAAAAAGGCUUACUUUUAUGCAAAAUAUGUCUUUUGACUUUGGACCUGGAAAUGUUCUUGUCAGGUUUUAUGUGAUUCGCUCUGAUAUGUGGCUGGGUGUCAAAAAAAGUUGUGCUAGCUAGUCAUUUCAUGUCUGCUGUGAAUGUUUUAUAUUAGUAACAAGGCUGUAUUUUGCGCAACAUAUGAAUGUCUACAGUUCUGAAGAAUCUGCAAUUUUAUCAGGCUGCGAGAGUUCAUCACACAGACACUUUUUUAGAAGUGACUGCCUUUUAAAAUGCUUUGCUCAGCAGUGAGCGUAACCUUUUUCACUUAGUACAUUCAGGGUUUAAAGCAUAUUUACUGAACAGAACAGCAUUUAAAGGUCAUUUGGACCUUUUACUGGUUCAUUUCGUCAAUAAAGCUAAAAAAGUUAACAGUGACAAUCAAUGUGAAGACUGAGCUAGUGACGUGACAUGACAAUGUAGAGCAGAUGUUUAGGGUUUAAACUAGGUGUGCAGUAUUUUUGGAAAGGACUCUUUCACAUAUUUGAUUCAAAUACAAGCAGAGUAUUCAGAUGUCAAAUGUCUCUAUAAAGCACAGACUCAUUUAAAAUGCCUCGUGUUGGCAUGUGUAGAUUAAGCAGUUGUUUCACCCUGCCUGCAAUAUGACGAGGAAACUCGUCACAACAUGACUAAUUACACAAUACACACUCAGGUUUUCUGUCUUUACAGUGGUUAUUUUCAAAGUAAGACGUAUAUGACCCUCUCAGGAAAAUAAAAUUUAAAAUUGAAUUAGAA